GUUAGAAACGUCAGUCUGCAAUUCCACACAGAGCCUCUGGGCGCCGCUGUCGGCCAGUGCAGAGCCAGCGCCUAUACUCUGGAUCCCUGUAGCCUGGAAUUUCAUGCGCAGAAACCAAUACACACCAAAGGAAACUCUUAACUCUCUGAGACCGAGACACGGAUUCCCGGCCCCAAAACUGGGGUCCGCCUGCCCAGGAUCGAAUGCACUUCCACCGCAGUAGACUGCACUUUGUCUAAGUGUGAAGGUGCGGAGGCCUAGAGAGAGCCGGAGCCAGCUAUGGGAGGGAGCUGCGCGCAGAGGCACCGCCCCGGCCGCCGGCAGGUACUGUUUCCCUUCCUGCUGCCAUUAUUCUGCCCCCCGCUCUGCGAGCUGAUCCGCUACUCCAUUCACGAAGAAUUGGACAGGGGUUCGGUGGUGGGGAACCUCGCCAAGGAUCUAGGGCUCAGUAUCCUGGAUGUGUCGGCUCGCAAGCUGCGAGUUAGCGGGGAGAAGCUGCACUUCAGCGUAGACGCGGAGAGCGGGAACUUGCUGGUGAAGGACAGGAUAAACCGGGAGCAGGUGUGCAAAGAGAGAAAGAGGUGUGAGCUGCAGUUGGAAGCUGUGGUGGAAAAUCCUUUAAACAUUUUCCAUGUUAUUGUGAUGAUGGAGGAUAUCAAUGAUCAUGCUCCCGAGUUCCCAAAAAAUGAAAUAAACUUAGACAUAAGUGAGUCUGUCAGCCCGGGGAUGAGAACAGUUCUUGAAUCUGCAAAAGAUCCUGAUAUUGGUGUGAAUUCACUGAGCAAAUACCAACUAAGUCCUAACGACUAUUAUUCUUUGGUAGUGAAAGACAAUCCUGAUGGUAGCAAAUAUCCAGAAUUAGUAUUGCAAAACGACCUGGACCGAGAAACACAGAGCAUUCAUCACCUGGUGCUGACAGCAUUAGACGGUGGGGACCCGCCCCUAAGCGGUACCACUCAGAUCCGAAUCCGAGUGGUGGAUGCUAAUGAUAAUCCCCCGGUGUUCAGCCAGGAGGUAUACAGAGUCCACCUUCAGGAAGAUGUGCCUCCGGGUACCUCGAUCCUACGGGUAAAGGCCACAGAUGAGGACCAGGGCAUCAAUGCAGAAUUCACCUACUCCUUCCUAGGUGUAGCUAAUGAAGCCCUGCACGUGUUCUCUCUGGAUUCCAUAACGGGGAAGAUUGUAACUUCUCAGCCCUUGGAUUUUGAACAAGCAGAAAGAUAUUCGAUAGAUGUAGAAGUGAAGGACCGAGGAUCUCUUUCCUCACAGUGUAAAGUAAUAAUAGAAGUUCUAGAUGAAAACGACAACAACCCAGAAAUAAUCAUAACUUCUCUAUCUGAUCAGAUUUUGGAGGAUUCCCUUUCUGGAAUGGUUGUGGCCCUCUUCAAAAUUCGAGACCGAGAUUCUGGGGAAAACGCAGAAGUCUCGUGUAGUUUGAGUGGAGAUAGUCCAUUUAAGAUUCAUUCUUCUUCCAAUAAUUACUACAAGUUAGUAACAGACAGGACCCUGGAUCGUGAACAGACCCCAGAGUACAAUGUCACUAUCACAGCCGCCGACGGAGGCAAGCCACCCCUCUCUUCCAGCACCACCAUCACUCUGCACAUCACUGACAUCAACGAUAACGCACCCAUUUUCCAAGAGCCCGCCUACCUGGUGCAGGUACCAGAAUACAACCAGCCUGGUACCUAGAUCACCCAGGUCACAGCGUGGGAUCCAGAUAUGGGACCCAACGGCCGGGUCUCCUACCCCAUCAUUGCCAGCGACCUGGAGCCAAGGGCGCUGUCGUCCUACGUGUCUGUGAACCAGGACAGCGGAGUGGUGUUCGCGCAGCGCGCCUUCGACCACGAGCAGCUGCGCUCCUUCCAGCUGACACUGCAGGCGCGCGACCAGGGCUCGCCAGCGCUCAGCGCCAACGUGAGCAUACACGUGCUGGUGGGCGACCUCAACGACAACGCGCCGCGCGUGCUCUACCCGGCGCUCGAGCCCGACGGCUCCGCGCUCUUCGACAUGGUGCCGCGCGCCGCCGAGCCUGGAUACCUGGUCACCAAGGUGGUGGCGGUGGACGCCGACUCGGGACACAACGCCUGGCUGUCGUACCACGUGCUGCAGGCCAGCGACCCCGGGCUCUUCAGCCUGGGGCUGCGCACGGGCGAAGUGCGCACAGCGCGCGCCCUGGGCGACAAGGACGCGGCCCGCCAGCGCCUUCUGGUAGCUGUGCGCGAUGGUGGACAGCCGCCCCUCUCGGCCACCGCCACGCUGCACCUGAUCUUCGCUGACAGCCUGCAGGAGGUCCUCCCAGCCCUCAGCGAUGACCCUUUGCCCUCUGACCCCCAGGCCGAGCUGCAGUUCUACCUGGUGGUGGCCUUGGCCCUGAUAUCUGUCCUCUUCCUCCUUGAGGUGAUUUUGGCUGUUGCCCUGCACCUGCGACGCUCCUCCAGCCCAGGUGCCUGGAGCUGCUUUCAGCCUGCUCUUACCUCCAAGUCUCAACCUGCAGUUCCUCUUAACUCCAGCGAGGGCACGUUACCCUAUGCCUAUAAUUUGUGCAUUGCAGGAGAUCAAGCUAAUCCAGAAUUGAAUUUUCUCACAUCUGUUGGUGAUUGUUUAGCCACACAAGAUAUUCUCAACAAAGAUAGCUCUUCAGCACUAUUGGCUAGCAUUUUAACUCCUAGUGUUGAAGCAGACAAGAAGACAUUUAAUCAGGUAUUUAAUAUUAUGCAUUUUAUAUUCCAGUAUGCCAGUGUAUUCCAGUAUAGUACUAUUAUUUCAAGAUUUUAGACAAUCUUUUUGUAA